AAUACACACCCAUAUACUAAACUUUCUUCACCAAACAGAAUUGUAAACAACAAGAACAAUCUCUUCCAAGUUCUAACCAAUACUGUUGUGAUGGCUAUUCGUUUGCCUAGUGCCUUGAAUGCUAAACACAUUCUUCGCAGGUCUAAUCUGUUUUCAAAUCAAGCAGCUGCACCAGCAUCACAAGAUGUGCCAAAAGGUUACUUUGCUGUAUAUGUAGGAGAGGGUGAAAAGAAGAGAUUUGUGAUACCAAUCUCAUUGUUGAAUCAGCCUUCAUUUCAAGAACUGCUGAGUAUAGCUGAGGAAGAAUUUGGCUUCAGUCAUCCAAUGGGUGGCCUCACAAUUCCCUGCACAGAAGAUAUGUUCAUUAAUCUCACCUCUAGCUUAAACAGACAAUGAUAUGCUGCCAAAAGUUUUAAAUCUGAAGACAGACAUUUGAUUUUGGUUUUUGCCUUUCAACAUGGGAGUGUGAAAAGUUAACCCAUGCAAAAAGGUUUAGUGUACCGCAAUUGAAUGUCUCAAGACUAUGCCGUAUAUGUAUCAUUGGAAUAAAACUUAACUGAACAUA